AAUCCAUCAAGAACCGGAAACCAACUAGGCCGAAUAUAAAUAAGAACUGAGAAUUAGUAAUAACUAUUUAACUAUGCUAUAAAUACUAAACACGAUCUAAGUUAGUGUAAGCUUGUGGAACUAUGAAAAUAUUCAGGGUACAAAUAUAAAAGAGUAAUAACUAUUUAUUUGAACAGUUCAACAUCAUAAAUAACCAGUUUGAUCGCGUAAACAAUAUUGUACAAAAUGAUUAUAUUAAAAUUACUCUUUUGUGUGUGGAUUUGUUUGCUGGGUGUUCCACGUGAAGUUUUGGGCGAAAAUGAAUACAUAGGGCCAAUGCCAAAGAAUACAAACAAUGAAAUAAUGAAUGAUGAAAUGUUUAACUGGAAAGUACCAAGGUCAAAAAGAGAUACUGUGCAAAACAUCGCAAGUUCCAGCGAAUCUAAUUUAACGGAUCAUUUAACUAAUUCGACUACUUCAACAACAAGUUCAACUGAAGCUUCUAAUAUUGUUUAUGAUGUAGGACCUUCAAAUUCUUCCAUAUUGGCCGUAGUACCUGUAAAUAUUUCAUCAUCUGCUACUCCUAAUGCGUCUGAUGUGAAUCCUUCAGAUGCAGCACCACUACCUGGCAAAAGUUCAGCUGAAGAUGAACAUAACAGUUCAAUGGCUAUAUUCUUUGUACUUUGCAUAUUGGCUCUUGGCAUACUUUUAAUCCAUCUGAUGCUACAAACUGGCUUUUCAUACCUGCCUGAAAGUGUUGUUAUAGUAUUUUUAGGUGCAUUGAUUGGUAUGAUUAUCAACCUGAUGUCAAUAAAAAAUAUUGCUAAUUGGAGGAAGGAAGAGGCUUUUUCGCCAACUGCAUUCUUUCUUGUUCUGUUGCCACCCAUAAUUUUUGAAUCAGGGUAUAAUCUACAUAAGGGAAAUUUCUUCCAAAAUAUAGGUUCAAUCUUAUUGUUUGCUAUAGUUGGAACUGCUAUAUCUGCAUUUGUGAUUGGUGCUGGUAUUUACUUGUUGGGUUUGGCUCAAGUAGUUUAUAAGUUGAGUUUUGUUGAAUCAUUUGCCUUUGGUUCUCUCAUUUCUGCUGUAGACCCUGUAGCUACUGUAGCCAUAUUUCAUGCACUUGAUGUUGAUCCAGUUUUGAACAUGUUAGUGUUUGGAGAGAGUAUAUUGAAUGAUGCAGUUGCUAUUGUCCUUACAACAGCUGUUUUAGAUUCAAAUGAUCCCUUGAUGUCUACAACUGAAGCUAUUUUGUCAGCAAUAAACCGUUUUUGGUUAAUGUUCUUUGCAUCAGCCGGUAUUGGAGUUCUUUUUGCACUUAUAAGUGCACUUCUUUUAAAACAUGUAGAUCUUCGUAAGAAUCCAUCUCUUGAAUUUGGUAUGAUGUUGGUGUUUACUUAUGCUCCUUAUGUAUUGGCUGAAGGUAUUCAUUUAUCAGGAAUAAUGGCAAUAUUGUUUUGUGGAAUUGUGAUGUCGCACUAUACUCAUUUUAAUCUUUCAACUGUAACUCAAGUUACUAUGCAACAAACUAUGAGGACUCUUGCAUUUAUUGCUGAAACAUGUGUCUUUGCAUAUUUGGGACUAGCUAUAUUUAGUUUCAGACACCGUGUUGAACCAGCACUAGUAGUUUGGAGUAUUGUGCUAUGUUUACUAGGAAGAGCUGCAAAUAUUUUCCCCCUUGCUCUGCUAUGCAACAAGUUCAGGGAGCACAAAAUAACAAAGAAAAUGAUGUUUAUAAUGUGGUUUAGCGGAUUACGAGGCGCCAUAUCUUACGCGUUAUCACUUCAUCUGGAUUUCUCUGAUGAAACACGUCACGUCAUUAUAACAACGACUCUUAUAAUCGUUUUGUUUACUACUUUAUUCUUCGGAGGUUCGACUAUGCCGUUAUUGAAAUUUUUACGCGCCAACAAGAAAGUAAAGCGAUCGAGGUCCUUACGUAAACAGAAGGAAGUUAGCUUGUCGAAAACAAAAGAGUGGGGACAAGCCAUUGACUCUGAGCACUUGUCUGAAAUUACCGAAGAAGAACUUGAGGUGAAUUAUUCUCACACAACAAGGCUUAAAGGCUUUGUCAGGUUGGAUAUGAAAUAUUUAACACCAUUCUUCACGAGGAGAUUUACGCAUCAGGAAUUAAAAGAUUGCAAGAGUCAGAUGACAGACCUCACAAAUCAAUGGUACCAAGCUAUCAGAAUAUCUAAUGAUCAUGAAACAGACGAGGAUGAGAGCUUACAAGCAAAUUCCCUUUCUAACUCUCAAACAAAUCUACAAAGAGGCGUAUAAGAGAAAAAUAAAAUGGAAGUGCAAUAUAUUAAUGUUUUGCAAGUGUAUAUUGAUUAUACAUGUACAUAUAAGCUUUUCAUAAGUUUUAAUAAUGUUACUGUGUACAUGUCAGGUAGGCAGGGCCUAAGACAUUGAAAAUGUAAAAUUUUAAUCUUAAAUGUAUGUGAUAAAUUAAUCUUUUUCAUAGUAUUAAUAUUUAUUAUAAAAUUGUUUGACAGUUAUACUUAUUGACAUAUUUUUAUAUAAUUAAAAAUGACUACUGCACAUUUCCUUUACAAAAAAAUAUUUUAGCUAUUAUAUCUUUGCUACUUUUAAAUUAGGAUAACAGUUAGUACAAUUUUGUCUCAUGUGAUAUUGAACUUGAUUUAGUCAAUAAUAGUAAUGAAUUACCAAAUUGUAUUAUUAAAUUAAUUUGCAUUGGCACAUAGAUUUAGUCGAAGUCUCCAAAGCAAAGAAGAUUGUGUUUUGGUUGUGUCAUAUUAAAUAUGUACUUAGCCUUAGAGAAUAUUUGUUAAUGUAUUUUUUAUCUAUGACAUAGUUUCAAUUUACGUAUUCAAAUUAUUCAUGUUGAUAUAAAUGCAUUCACCCUAUUUAAUGUAUUUUGAGAGGUAUUUUGAUUUAAAUCCUUAAUUUUAGUUAUUAAUUUUUUAUAAUGAAUUGAGUAUUCAAAAUCAUGAGAUUAUUUUAUAAAUAUUCUACAUAUUUUAUAAUUUGAAAGUAUCCUUUUUUUUGCUCAAAUAUGAAUGUACAGAUAAUCAUUUUCUAUGAUAGAAUCUUAUUACAUUUAGAUUAUUGCCUUAUUUAUAAAAUCACUAUCUCGCGGUUUCAUCCACCAUGCCACAAAUCGGGUCCCAAUUUUUUUUUCGUUUUUGGCACUUUACUAAUUACGAUGCAAAAAAAAUAAUGACUCAUAUUCACAAAAAGUUCUUUUUUUAAUGUGUUUUAGAUAGAGCUUAAAUAAAUGAUAAUAUCGAAAUUUAACUUCACUGUGACAUAUUAUUUCGAUCAUUAUAAGCUAGUGUGUUAUAUCCUUAAGACACUUCAUAAUUAUAACUUGCUAUCUUGAUUUUUAGUUGUAUUGACUUAUGUUUACAAUAUAUACCAUCACAAUAUCAAAAAUAAUAUAUUGGAUUACUUCUAGGUUUCAAAAAUAUUUUGUUUAUACAUUUUAAUGAUAGCAACUCAAUCAGUGAAGUACUUUUUAAUUAUGGGAAUUAAAAUACUUUUUAUUUGUAGGGAAAGUGUUUCCAAAAGUAUGUAUGCAAUAAGUAUUAAAAAUUUUCUCCUUGUGAACAGCCUCUUGGAUUGAGGUUUCAAUAUAGUAAAUGUAUUUAAAAUUGUGAAUAUUAAUAUUUGUGUAAUAAAUAAGUUCCUACUA